AUGCAGCUCGCCUGGCAGCUAGUAGCGCUCGUCGCCGCUGCUGGUGGCGUCCGCCUUCAGCGCGUGGCAUUGAAGCCACCGCCGCACGCGUCGAGCAGGGGCACGCUGCGGCGCCCGCGGCCGGCACUCCUGCUGCGCCUGCGCGGAGGCGCGGAGGACGGCGCGAGCGACCCGAGCAGAGCGGGUGUGGCGGCUGCUGCUCUCGCUGCUCUCGCCGUCGCACGAGUGGAGCUGCCGCCGCCGGCGAGGAAGCGCGUGCUGCGUGACCUCCGGCGCCUCAAGGCGUCGGUAGACCUCGGCCUCUUCGUCGACGACGCCGAGUGCCUCACCGACUGGGUCGUCCGCGUCACCGGCGCAAACAAGACCAUCUACGCGGGCGAAAUCUACCGGCUGCGCGUGCGCUUCUCGCCAGAGUACCCGCUGAGGCCGCCUGAGGUGCGCUUCCUGCGGCCGGCGCCCGUGCACGAGCACAUCUACUCGGACGGCAAGAUCUGCCUCAACAUCCUCUACGGCGACUGGACGCCCGAGAUGGACGUCCAGUCGAUGUGCCUCUCGCUCGUCUCGAUGCUCUCGUCGGCGACCAAGAAGAGCCGGCCGCCAGACAACAACCAGACAGUGGUGCUCACGCAGGGCCAGCAGGCUGGGUCGAUGCAGUGGGACUUCCACGACGACAACUGCUGACCCGAGCUGCUGACCCGCGGCGCAGACCGGCGGCGGGGUGGGCAACCCUGCACAGCCUUCGCCGUGCGUGUCCCGAAACUGUCACAGUUUGACACACCCACAACGCAAGCCCCACGACGCUCUCUGCUGCGCAGAACCUAAGGUGCCCGUUUUGGAGCGGGAGGCGCGCAGCAGGAUAAGUAAAAUUUGCGAACUUGCUGUCUAAAUGU